AUGGCACCUAAAGACAUGAAUUAUAUCGACACAUUGGGAUCAAAGCUCACUGGUUUUUAUGAUAAGAAUGCGAGGGGUGUGACAGUUAUCCUGCAAGAUAGAGUCAAGCGACAAACGCAGACUUUUACUAGGACUGUCACUAGAACAAGAGGAGACAGUGGUCGCACUCUGACAACUAUCACCGGCGAUGGUGAUUUUGGAUUUCUUUUUGAUAAUAACGGUGACUUCUUCAAUCACUUUUCCGGCUUCAAUGGCCUCAGUGGCUUUGGUGACUCCGGUAACUUCGGCGGAAUUAACAGCAUUUUUGGACGCUUAAGUAUGGGUGAUCUUGGAGGAAUGGAAGGUUUUAAUGAUCUGGGCGGCAACAAUGGUGGCGGACUUGGAGGGGAAGAAGGCGUCUCGAAGUCUCUUUUAGGAGAUGGAGGCUCAAGCACCGGGGAAUGGCGCGACUGA